AUGGUCCGAUAUAUCUGUAGGGUGUCUCACAACCUGAAUAAUGUGGCCAAUCGCCAUGGUGUGCCGGUGGCAUUUUCUGCCCCACGCAAGUUGGCUUCGCUAAGCCCCUGCAUCGCCUCAGCAAACCUGUGCAUUGCUUGUGACACUGCACUGCGCUUCGAUGAUAAACUCACUCAGCACCCCCUUGUGGAAGGAGCCAUUUGCGAAGACUGUCGGGGAGAGCUUCUUGAGAGUUUGUUUGCUAUUGCUCCAGACGGUACAAGCGCAUAUUGCCUCAUCUGUGCAAAUGGUGACGAGCUCUUCAUUUGCGACAAUGUGGAUUGCGGCAGGGUGUCUGGAUGCUCUCCUUGGCAUUGCAACAUCUGUGAAGGGCGAACCGCUGGCCGCCUUCGGCCGCGGCCUGACUGGGAGGCCCGUGUGAUUGAUUUCUUCCGGAACCCACAGAUUACGAUGUCUCCUGUUCCGGAACAGCUCCCUCGAAGGAGCUUGCGCGUGCUGUCCCUAUUCGAUGGAAUCGCCACUGGCAAGUACGUGCUGGACCAACUCGGCCUCUCAGUGGAGGCGUACUAUGCCAGUGAAGUAGACAAGGACGCCAUCCAUGUUGGACUCACUCGUCAUGGUUCUUCUAUUACUUACCUGGGGCCAGUGGAGCACCUGGACGACCAAAAACUUCAGGAACUGUGUCCCAUCGACCUGCUUAUUGGAGGCUCCCCUUGCAGCGAUCUCGCCCUGGUCAACCCAAAUAGGAAGGGCCUGUAUGAUCCUACAGGUACAGGAAUUCUCUUUUUCGAGUUUUACCGAGUCUUCCGCACUGUGCAACAAUCAAACGGUGGGACGCACCUUUUUUGGAUGUUUGAGAACGUUGUUGCCAUGCCACGGGAGUAUCGGCGCAUCAUUUCGCGUUUUCUACAGUGUGAGCCGGCACUCUUGGAUGCCUGCAGUUUCUCGCCGCAAGCAAGGGCUCGACUAUUCUGGGGAAAUAUCCCUGCAAUGCAUGUAUCCCUAAAUCCUGAACUCGUGCAGAGUACCAGCCUGCAGAGCAUCCUUCAUCCAAUGCUGAGUAGGAAGGCUGUGGUCACUAAAGUGCGGACAGUGACAACCAAUCCAAACUCUUUGCGGCAAACCAAGCAUGGAGUCCUGCCUAUCACCAUGAAUGGAGAAGAAGACGUGCUGUGGGCCACAGAGCUAGAAGAGCUGUUCGGAUUCCCGAGGCACUACACUGACGUGGGCAACAUUUCGCUGGGCAAACGACGCCAGCUGCUGGGAAAGGCCUGGAGUGUGCCAGUCGUGUGCCAUAUUUUGCGGCCACUGCGAUCAUUCUUCCGCCACGCACAAGCGACAGCCUGAUCCUGGAAAAA